AUGGCAUUUAAAAGAAUUCAUGGUAUCACAAAUGAAUGGGAAGUAACAGCAUAUUUACCUCGAGUACAGAAAACUUUGACUUUUGCUCGAAUAUUUACAAAUAUUGAAACGGCUGAAGCAUACCAAAAUUUAUUAGAAGAUUUGUUUGGAUGCAUAGAAAGAGAUAUAGGCAAAACUUUUAAUUUUCAUCACAUUCAUGGCGAAGGAUUAGGCUGCAUUAUUGCAGACCAACAUAAAGGACAAGCUCUAGGAUUGGGUCAAUAUUUACUAAAUUCAAAAUAUCCACACUUAACUCUUAUCGAACAUUUACAACAUAUCUACAAGCUCUGUCAGGUGCAUUACAAACGGAACAUUGACAAAAAUAAAGCAUUGUCAAGUGAAAUUCGUAGCGCGAUGUAUAUAGUUUCUAAUUUAAAUACUCAAAAUGAAGUUUUAAAAAUAUUGCAUAAAAUUCGUGAUUGUGGUGAACCAGGAACAACAGCAUGGGUUAAAGAUAAACUUACUCCGUGGGUUUUGUCAGGAAUAUCAAGUGUAUUUAGCAAAAUGGAUCAUAUUAUCUGGAGUCAAACACCAAAUAAUACCAAUGCUGGAGAAAGUGCCCAUGCCAAUGUAAAUCGCGAUGGAUGCAAUCUUUCCCUUCUUGCAAGGAUAGUUAGGUAA